AUAUAUUGGGACAAGAUUACGAUGAAGACCAUCGCUCUGUUGAUAGGCGCCUUGGCCCUGGCCUCGACCUCGGCCUCUGUCGAUUUGUCCAAAGUUAAACGCAUUGAAGAGCUGGAUGAGUUUUGGGCGCAGCUGGAUCCGCAUUUACAAAUGCAUCGUGGAACGAAAAUGGCUCCGGAUAGCAGAAUAGUAAACGGCGAGGAGGCCCAACCGGGACAGUUCCCAUACCAGGCGCUGGUGUUGAGCUUUUUCGAGAAUGGUAAUUCGGGAUUGUGCGGAGGUACGCUACUGACACAAAACUUCGUAAUGACCGCUGCUCACUGUGUUGUCAUCGGAUCAUUGGCUACCCAUGGAACCGUCAUUCUUGGAGCUCACAAUCGACAGAUCGUUGAGGACACCCAACAGAGAAUCGAUUUCGGUACCAUCAACGCUCAUCCCAACUAUUCUGCUUCGUUAUUGCGCAACGAUAUCGCCACCAUCCAACUGGCAACUCCGGCAGUGUUCAACGCAGUUGUUCAACCCAUCGAUCUUCCGGCAGUUUCGGAUGAUCGCACUUUUGCAGGAUUGACGGGAAUCAUCUCAGGAUUCGGACGUACCUCCGAUGAAACCGGUUCGCCUGCUUCCGACGUAGUUAUGUUCACUAGCAACCCGAUUUUAACCAAUGCCGAUUGUCAAUCGGCGUGGAAUGCCAUUCUGAUUCAAGCGCAGAACAUCUGUCUGUCCGGAGAGGGCGGCCGGUCGGUUUGUAACGGUGAUUCCGGUGGUCCGCUAGCAGUUCGGGAAAAUGAUCGCAGUCUACAGGUUGGCAUUGCGUCGUUCGUCCACUCAAGUGGUUGUGCCUCUGGAUUUCCGGCCGGAUUUGUCCGCGUGUCGCACUAUCUGACUUGGAUAGGCGAAAAUUCGGAUGUAGUGCUGCGGAACUAGAAUUCUGUAAGUGUUGUUUCGAUAUAUUCUUCAUACGUCACCAGGUGUUAAAGAAGACGUUCCGAAACAUCUGUUUCAGAGGAACUAAUAGGAAGAAUUAAGUUAUUGGAAUUUAUUAAUUAUAUUGUAUUGUUAAACAAUCUGAUUCCUAAGUGAAUACGGAAUACUUUCUAGGUGUUAGAAAGUAGACAAUAAAAUGCUCAUUAUUCGAAAUGAUAAA